CCCAAUCGGAUAAGAAGAAAUUUGUAGGGAGAAAUAAACAAAUUUAUUAACAAAAAUGGAAAAGGUUUUCUCCGUUGAAGAAUUUUCCGGUAACCUUCUCUGGUCGGAGCUAGCGAAAGAGGCCGAUGGAACGACGGCGAUGAAUCGUAGCGACUCCGAGUGGGCAUUUCAUCGUUUCAUACAAGAAUCCUCAGCCGCCGGAGAAGCUACGACGGCGUCUGGUGUUUCCGUCUCUGGACCUCCUUCUCCGAGUGUUCCGGUCGAUUCCGAGGAAUACAGAGAGUUCCUUAAGAAUAAACUCAAUCUAGCUUGUGCUGCUGUCGCCAUGAAAAGGGGAUCUUUCAUUAAACCUCAGGAGACGUCUGGUAGAUCUGAGAAUGGAGGAGCAUACACAUCCAGUGCAUCAGAACAAGCCUCUCUAGCUUCUUCCAAAGCUACACCAAUGAUGAGCAGUGCUAUAACAAGUGGAUCUGAGCUCUCAGGUGAUGAAGAAGAAGCUGAUGGUGAAACAAAUAUGAACCCUUCUAAUGUUAAGCGUGUGAGAAGAAUGCUUUCUAACAGGGAAUCAGCUAGACGGUCCAGAAGAAGAAAGCAAGCACACCUGAGUGAGCUAGAGACACAAGUUUCACAGCUUCGUGUAGAGAAUUCCAAGCUCAUGAAAGGUCUCACUGAGGUAACUCAGACAUUCAAUGACGCAGCUGUAGAAAACAGAGUUUUGAAAGCCAAUAUCGAAACAUUACGAGCCAAGGUGAAAAUGGCUGAGGAGACAGUGAAGAGAAUCACUGGCUUCAACCCAAUGUUCCACACCAUGCCUCAGGUUUCAACAGUGUCUCUUCCUCCAGAGACAUCAAAUUCUCUAGACGAAAGCAUCCACGUCACCACACCACCAGAGACCAGCUCAGGCAACAAAAGCAAGGCCUUGAUCGGGUGCAAAAUGAACAGAACAGCUUCGAUGCGUAGAGUUGCUAGCUUGGAACAUCUGCAGAAACGUAUUCGAAGCGUUGGGGAUCAGUAAGUAGCUGCUAAGAAGAAACUUGAUUUGUAACAUCGUCACAAGAGAGAAACAGAGAGUGAGUCAAAAGUUAAUAUUGUUCUGUAAAAAGUUGUCUGUUUUUCUUUUUCUAAUAACCAUUUUGAAGUACACUUAGUUAUCUCUGAUUCUGUCUUCUUCUUCUUCUUCUUCUUUUUCUUCAACAAUUUGUCUCCAACAUCAUCUGCUGUAAAUACUGCAAAGGUAGCAAGGAUUUAUCAAAUUCAAGC